GACAAAUCUUGAACAGGAACAAUGCAUAGCGUCAAUUCACAAGUAGAUUGUCUUUUGCGUAUAGCGUAUGUAGGUACCCUGUGACCUAAUGUCUAAUUUAGUGAAACCAACAUUUUAGUGUGCUUCGGACAAAAUAGAUAAUACGCUAUGUAGCUCAUUCGGCUUUCUGCUGUCCUGUCCAGUCUAAAGUUCAGUGCAGCAAUGUCCGGAGAGAACAACAGCAAGAAAAUGAAUGAUGUUUGUAGAAUGAACCAACAUGGACCAGUCAAGUUUCAUUGACAACAAUAAGCCCAAAAACCCCUAAUGUUAACAGUUCUCCCAAGAAUGGACAGUGGAUCACAACAAGCAUUAACUGAAGAAUGGCAAGGUUUAGACGAAGAUCUUGCUCCACAUUUAUUGGUUUGGUGUUGCUCAUAUUCAUAGUAACAGUUGUUUUAAAGUCCUUUACACCAGAAUAUUCUCCAUUUGGAAGCAUCUUUGGUCCUGAAUUGUUCCCUAAUAUCAAAGGACCUGGAAAAAAUGCCAUUCAAAUGCUUGGUAAUAUUGACAGUGUCGUCCCUGAAGCACUGACCAAAAUGAUUGACAUAGACUCUGAGAGGGUCAAGAACGUAGAGGCUGCCCUUAGGCAAUUCCCUGCUCCAAACUACAAUAUUCAUGCCUUUUACUACACAUGGUAUGGCAACACACAGUUUGAUGGAAAAUACAUUCACUGGGACCACCCUCUUCUGCCACACUGGGAUUCAAAGGUGGCAGCAGGAUACCCAAGAGGGAGACACAGCCCACCAGAUGACAUUGGGGCUAACUUCUAUCCUGCUUUAGGAGCUUAUAGUUCCAGGGACCCCUCUGUUAUUGAAGCUCACAUGAAGCAACUGCGAGCAGGAGCUAUUGGUGUUCUUGCUGUUUCCUGGUAUCCACCUGGCAUGAAGGAUGAAAACGGUGAGCCAACAGAUGACAUUGUGCCUUUGAUACUGGAGGUGGCACAUGCAUAUCAUGUAAAGGUUGCUUUUCACAUUGAACCAUACAAAGGAAGAGAUGAAACAAGUAUGUUUAACAAUGUCAAGUACAUCAUAGAGAAAUAUGGUGAGCACCCUGCAUUCUACAGGCAUAGAACAAACACUGGCAAGUUUCUUCCUCUAUUCUACGUCUACGAUUCCUAUCUACUCAACUCAGAACAGUGGGCAAAACUCCUUAAACACACAAAAAGCAGUAGCAUUAGAGAUACUCCCUAUGAUGGUAUCUUCAUAGCCCUUCUUGUUGAAGAGAAACACAAGAGGGAUAUCGUCACGGCAGGUUUCGACGGAGUCUACACUUAUUUUGCCACUAAUGGGUUUUCCUAUGGCUCCACUCACCGCAAUUGGGAGUCCAUUAAAACAUUCUGUGAAGACAACAACCUGUUGUUCAUUCCGAGUGUGGGGCCAGGUUAUAUUGACACCAGUAUUAGGCCUUGGAAUUUCCAGAAUACACGCAACCGCAUUAAUGGGAAGUACUAUGAAAUGGCCCUGAGUGCAGCCCUAGAAGCAGGUGCUGAUAUUAUAUCUAUAACAUCAUUUAAUGAAUGGCAUGAGGGAACCCAGAUUGAGAUGGCAAUUCCAAAAACAAGCCAGACUGUGUACCUAGACUACUUACCACACAAGCCUGUUGUCUAUUUAGAGGUAACUCGCAAAUGGGCAGCAAUAUUUAGCAAUGAAAGGAAGAGAUGGCUAGAAUGAUACAAAAUGUAAGGGCCUAACAUUAAAUCUUGCCAGAAAUUGUCUUACACAAUAUAGAUUAUAGAAUUUGACGACAAUAGUGCAUGUGACAGAAACCUAUAUUUACUUUUUGUCCUGUAUGGUAACAUUAUCAUGGUUUUACAGAUUAACUAAUGAAAGGGCAGCCUUGAAUUGUGUGGUAUUUGUCCUGCUUUAUAUGAUUAUAAUGAUUUGUACUUUAAUGUAUAACUGUUAUAUUUGGGCAAUUAUACAGUGAGGGAAUAAAGUAUUUGAUCCCCUGCU